UAACAAACACAACCGCAGAGGAUCAUCAAAGGAUUGUGAAUGAAACCGAAUCCGUAUUGAGAGACCAAAAUACCGCAGCCGCUUACAAAGACGAAAAGCGAACAGAGAAACUUGUGUUAUUACAAUGAAAAUAGAUGACGUUAUUUGUCAGUUUGCGGGGGUGGGAUAAAAUUCUACAGAUAGAUAUAAGUUGGCCAAUCAUCGCUCUCCCUGCGCUGGAUUGAUGACCUCUUGUCCAAUCAGCUUCUGACUCUGCUAGCGCGUCAUAAGCAUAGCGGCCAAUAGGCAUCGCGUUGGGGCGGGUCUCAUUGAAGCAGGAGUUCCCUCUAGCUGUGGAUAGAGGAUUAAUGGAGGGGGUCUGACUGUCGAAUUAUGCGAACUACAUAGUGCACAAGACGGAAUUGCUUUAUCAACAUAAACAAGCAAACGUUCACGCUACCGAAAAGGUACGGAGAAGUGGGCGUGCUGCGACAGGAAUCGCGCACGGACGGUGAAAACAAGGGCUUGUGUCGCUCAAGUCGAGGGCCUCGCUGGGGGUUAGCAGAGCGAGGAAGAGGAGCGAGAGAAGGAGACGAAGACGGGCUCUUAGUACUAUUUCAACGGACUGGACCCGACCCAGAACAACUGAGAGACAUUACCGAACCCGAAGCACAGCAAUCGGACAGCUAAUUACUGUUAGCUAGCUAGCGCUCGCUCGCUAGCUAGCUAACCAACGAACCAGCCACUAUCAACCUCCAGACUUUAUGUGAUCUGACAGCAUACUGUGAUCCAGUGAGUUAUGACCAGACAUAGCUAGUGCAACGGCCGCAGAAAUCGUAUGAUCAUAAAGGGGACGGAGUCUGAAGACAGUUGGCGUAAAGAAAAGUCGAUUUAGAUCUGCUAUACCUGGCCUGCAAUCAUGGGCAACGCGCCCACCGCCAAGAACAAGGGCAAUGAGAUGGAGAGCGUUAAGGAGUUUCUCGCUAAAGCCAAAGAAGAUUUCCUAAAGAAAUGGGAGAACCCAGCACAGAAUACUGCAUCUCUGGACCAUUUUGAGAGGUUGAAGACUCUGGGCACUGGCUCGUUUGGGCGAGUCAUGCUAGUCAAGCACAAAGAAUCAGGCCAGCAUUUUGCCAUGAAGAUCCUUGACAAACAGAAGGUGGUUAAACUGAAACAGAUAGAACACACACUGAAUGAGAAACGCAUCCUGCAGGCUGUCAGCUUCCCAUUCCUGGUGCGAUUGGAGCACUCGUUCAAGGACAAUACUAACCUGUAUAUGGUAAUGGAGUAUGUUCCUGGAGGAGAGAUGUUCUCCCACUUACGCAGAAUCGGCCGGUUCAGUGAGCCUCAUGCCCGAUUCUACGCUGCCCAGAUAGUUCUGACCUUUGAAUACCUUCACUCGCUUGAUCUUAUCUACCGAGAUCUGAAGCCUGAAAACCUGCUCAUAGACCAGCAGGGAUACAUACAGGUAACAGAUUUUGGUUUUGCUAAACGUGUAAAGGGCAGGACCUGGACACUGUGCGGCACGCCCGAGUACCUGGCGCCAGAAAUCAUCCUCAGUAAAGGUUAUAAUAAGGCAGUGGACUGGUGGGCUCUGGGAGUGCUGAUCUACGAGAUGGCUGCUGGUUACCCUCCGUUCUUUGCUGACCAGCCCAUUCAGAUCUACGAGAAGAUUGUCUCUGGGAAGGUCCGCUUCCCCUCGCAUUUUAGCUCUGACCUGAAGGACCUGCUGAGGAACCUGCUGCAGGUAGAUCUCACGAAGCGCUUCGGGAACCUCAAGAACGGCGUCAACGACAUCAAGGGCCACAAGUGGUUUGCAACCACCGACUGGAUCGCAAUCUACCAGAAGAAGGUGGAGGCCCCCUUCAUCCCUAAGUGCAAAGGCCCCGGGGACACCAGCAACUUUGACGACUACGAGGAGGAAGAAAUCCGGGUGUCUAUCACAGAGAAAUGUGGAAAGGAGUUUGCUGAAUUCUAGAAGCAGCAGGAGUGGAGGAGAGGGAUGGAGAGAAAUUAGAUGUGGGGCAACAGUGAGAAGAAAACGUUUUCCAGGGUGAGAUGAUGAACUGGACUGAGCCUGUAUCUGGUAACAACAACAACGACAACAACAACGUAGAGCCCUCACACACGGAUGGAGGGAGAAGAAGAUCAGAAAGUCCUGAGAGAGACGCCAGCAGUGUUGCCUUUUCAGAUCCUUCGUCACUUGUUA